GUCCUGGGUCGUUUCGCCGACUAAAGGCCUCCAACAUAGAACAAUUACUAGCCAACAAUGAGCUCUUGCUCGGAGGGGUACCUCCUGUCAACUCCUGAUCGAAUGCAUCCCUAACGCAGAAACGCCUGGAGCAAGUACAUUUCAAUGAUAAGACUUAAAUGCACACUAGCUAUGGAACAAAUAGCCAACGAAAAGAGAGAACUUUUUGUUUUCCCAGAGACUGAAAACCAACUCACGUCACACCAAUGAGUAUCUUUCCCUUUCCGAAGCAUGCUCAUUAGAGCAAAUCCCGUCCCCUGUAAGCAUGAGUGCUCUACCUGGGAAUUUUGUUCAGCGAGCAAGACAUAUUUAGGUCCCGAUUCCUCCAGUCAGCUGGCGCCUAUGUUGCAUGACAAACUUAACGAGGUUCAGUAUCAAAAUAUUCGCAAUAAAUGACGGUCAUAAGCUAGCCAACAAAAAUAUAUUCCUAUGUGGAUCUAGUUUCUAUCUCGAAGCUAUGGUUAACCGCCAUUCGCGAGUGUCGGUUGCUGGGCCGCCUCACACAUCAAUAUAUUGUUAAGCACUACUAUCAUUAAGUGGAUGGUCACCUCUCAGGAAUCUGGUUUAGCCAAUCGGGCACAAGUCUCCUGCUUUUAUUCAACAGGUCCAUAAUUGAAAUGGUCUUUAAUUUUCACCUAUACUUAGUAUAUGCUAGUUAGAUUGACGGGUAAUUAUUUCAAUUACUGGCGCAAGUUGGUCCUACACUUCUUUAUGAGCGCGUGGUCUAUUGGAGAGCGCAUUAAAUAACUUGAUAACCACAUCUCUUACAAAUCCCGAUAGAGAAUCUCUCAUGUAACUAUUAUUAUGGAUGCACCACAUAUCUUUCCGUUCGUUGUCGCUCCCGUUCCUUUCUGCCUACCUUGCUGUA